AAAUAUUUUUUUAUAUUUUUAGUAUUUAUUUAUGUAUUUAUUAGAAUCCUAAAUUUCACAUUCCAAAAGCUCCACCCAUUCCCUCAACUCUAAACCCUAAGUCUAGAUUAGUUAAUCAUAAGGGUAUAAGUGUCUUUUACUCUUCAUUAAAAAUGAGCGUAAAAUUGAUUAGUAUAGACAUGAAAAGUGGUAUUACGAAUAUGGUAUUCGUGGCAAUUUCCCAAUCACUUUUUAAAAAAUCUUGACUGGACAAAAAAAUAGUUUUUGAAAAACAAAAACCAAAAACCAAAAACCGAUCUAAAAUUUGCAAACAAUCAACCUCUUAGUAGCUAUUCGUGCAUCCUUUCAUUCUUGGUUAUGGUCAUUGGUCCAACCGUUCGAUUCUUGGUAUUUUCUAUCUCAAUUUCUUUGGCCAAAUUUGUAUAAAUUAAUUUCCAAAAUAAUUGAAAAUUUUAGAAUACUGAACAAAUUUGUUCUGUUUGCUAAAAAUAAUUUAUUAAUUUGCAAUGGAAGUAGAACACAAAUAUUUAUUUAUUUAUUUAUUUACAUAAGCACUUAUAAAACAUAUAUGAGAAAAAUAAAACCAUAUGAUUGACAAUAGAAAGCUAAAAGAAACCGUUACCAUUUUAGCUUGCUUGGCAUGGGCCCUAAUAUGGCCAAAUAUAGAGUUAUUUUCAUCUUAGGGCAGUUUUAAGUUUCUUAUUAUAAUAUAGGGCAGUUAUUGCUCAUAGAGCAGUUUUUUACAACUAUAAGCUAACUACAUUUAUUCUUCUAACUGAAUGGGUCCCACAGUUUUCAAUUUUAUUUUUGUUCUCUCUUUUUCAAAUUGAUUCUUUACUUUUUAAUUGUACAGACCAAACCUUCCAUAAUUAUACUGACGGGUCUUUGAACUUCUGGAAGUUUACUAUUCGACCUUUAACUUUCCAAAUUGCGAAAUAACCUCUUAAUCUAGUCGUAAACUUUCAAGUAUUCACUCCAAACUCAAUCAAAUGUAAACAAACACAUAUAUAUCUAUAUAUACCUAUAUACAAUCUAUAUGACUAAAAUGAAUUAGAAUAUGUUUUAAAAUUCAUAAAAUAGUGAGAUAUCAAUAAUGAAAAACAAAAAAAAUUGUUAGAGUGUACAUAAAAAAGCUUGUACAUGUGUAUAAUAUGAGCGAACUUCGAUGUUGUUUGCUAGUUGUUAGAGUGUACACACAAAAAAAUUGUUAAGUGUACACAAAAAGUUGUUAGAAUAUAUUUGAUGUUUUAAUUAUGAUAUUGUAUGAAGAACUCUUGUAUGAAGUAUGGUGCAAUUUGGUUGAAUUUAAGAGUUUAAAGAACAAAUGCAAGUGUACACAUGUAGUUUAAAGAACAUAUAUAAAUUGACACAUGUUCAGUUUGAAGUUAAUGUACACAUGUACACUUUGAAGCUAAUGUACUAUUAUCUCCAAGAUCCUCUUUGUCUCCACCAACCAACAUUAAUUGUUUCUUAUAACAAAAUACUAAUAUAUUUGAAAUAAACAAAAAAACACAUAAGUUGAUUCUCAUAUGUAAUAAAGUAAACUAGGCAAAAUAUAAAAAAAUGGGGCUCCGCGGUAUAAUACAUUAUACACAUAUGAUGAUUGAUAAUUUGAUAGUAUAUAGUAUUAUAUGUCAACAAAAUGAAGAACACCAAGUUGAUGAACAAAACACAAAAUUCAAUUUAGUUUGCAUUAUAUGAGUCCAGAAGAUCCACAUGACAAAAAUAUGAAAUUGGCAGCCUUGAUAAUAUAUCUACCAUAUCGGAUUACUCAACUUACCAGCACCAUCAUCGACAUCAUAACCAUUAUCAUUGUCAUCUUCAUUUUUACCGUGCAUGUGUACCAUAACCAUUAUAAUAGCGUACUUGUGUACAGUAAAAAUGGAUGUGUACAUGUGUACGGUAAAUAUGAUAGUGUACAUUGUAAAACAACCAGAAAUUAAUCAAGCUAACACUUACCAUGAAGAUAGCAUGAAAACACACACACUAAUCAGAAGCUCUUAAACAAGGUGUACGGAUGAUAUUUGGGUUUAGUCAGAUAUCAAGGAUGCCCGACCCUGUGUAUACAUUGUGUUAACAUUAUCUUGAGUUCAUGAAAUCGCAGAAGCUUAGUUAUUUAGAUAGAAAACCUACAAAAAGCCAAAAAUAUGCACACAAUCACUUUGAUGUAUAAUACAAAUUAGGUGUACGCAUGUACAGUUUGAAUGUAAUGUACAAACGACUUUUUCUUUUUCAUUAAUGUUGCAAAAUUACGAAAAUAACCUCAUCUUCUUCCUUAGCCAUUGUCGACCAAAAACCCUAAUUUCUGCCUAUCUCGCAUAUUUUCCACGAUUCUUUAUAUUCUCAACUUGUUUUUCAUGUAUUUUUACCCAUAUGUGAUAGCUUUGAAUCCUAAUUCAUGGCUUUAAUCUUGAAAGUUCGAACAAAAGUGAUUUUUUUUGGUUUCUGAUUUGUUGAACGAUUUGUUCCAUCAAACAUAUAGCUUGAUAUAUCUCAAAAGAUAGAUUGAAUAACAAAGACACUGAUUAUAAACAUAUUUUCUUUAUAAAAAAUUUAGAAAAAAUAACAUUCAUUUUACAAAAAGAAAUAAGAAACUCAAGAGGAGGAAACAAAGAAGAUGAUACAUGGGAUCCACUUCCUUUGUUUGCUAGGAAGAACCGUGAAAAAAAAAUUUAGAUUUGAAAAAGGAAAAGAUUCAAUGGGUUCUGUGGAAUUGAUUAAUGGGUCUUUGGGGUUUCAGGUGAGUCCAACCGUAAGUAUGGCGAACGAUGACGCAACGGUUCCGCCAUGGCUAUCGCCGAUGCUUCGAGCUAACUACUUCGCGACUUGCCCCUUUCACAGAGAAUCCAGUAAGAGCGAAUGCAAUCUGUUUUGCUUGGACUGUUCUGGUGAUGCCUUUUGCUCUUACUGUUCCAUUCAUCACAAAGACCAUCGUAUCGUCCAGAUUAGACGAUCUUCGUACCAUAAUGUUGUGAAAGUGAAUGAGAUUCAGAAGCACAUUGAUAUCUCCUCUAUUCAGACUUACGUAAUCAACAGUGCUAAAAUCGUCUUCUUAAAUGAGAGGCCCCGGGUUCGAACUGUGAAAGCCAUUAAAACUUGCCAGAUCUGUUUCCGUAGCCUCCUUGAUUGUUUCCGCUUCUGUUCUCUCGCUUGCAAGCUUGGAGGUAUUAAGCAUGGAGACGACCCAAAACUGACUUUCUCUCUCAGAGGGAAUAGUAUUAGUAGCAGAGAGAUGUUCUGUCUCGGUGGGCCUGCAAAGAUCCGCAAAACAGGAAUUAUUCGAGUGGACGAUCACAGCAAAAGGGCAGGUGUCAUAUCUCCAGGGACACCUCCAAUUCAUAGCCACCUGACUUACCCAAAGCAGAGGCGAAGAAAGGGUAUACCUUGCCGAGCUCCUUUUUAAAAAACAAACAAGAAUUUUGUUGGUAAAUGGAAUCUUUACAUAAAUAGUAGCAAGUUUUAUUUUCUUCAAGACAUUUUGGGAUAUAUGAAUAUAUGAUGAGUAAGCAGCCCUAUUUUACAACAUUAUUUACAACAUUAUGAGUCAUAAUGUAUGACUUGUAAAUUACAAAAAAGUUUCGUACAUUUAUCGUUCUUUUUCCAUUUAACGAUUAGGUGAAAUGAAUAUUGAAACGUCGCAUCACAUCUCAAAACAUGGAGAUGUAACAAUACAUCUAUACUAUUAUUUGCGAAUUGAUUUUUUGCAUCCGAGCUCUCACAUUAAAAGUUAGACUCGUUAAUGUCAUUGUUACCUU